AUGGGCCGCAACAAGCCAGCGGGUCGUAAUGGAGGAACAAACACUGCCGGCGACAUGACAGCUAAGAUUCGUGUCUGUGUACGCAAGAGACCACUCAACAGCAAGGAGAUCAACAAAGGCGAAAAGGAUAUGGCGACCGUUUUGGGACGCCAAUUGGCCGUAGAUGAACCAAAGGUUCGCGUGGAUAUGACCAAGUAUAUUGAGCGGCACAACUUUGUAUUCGACGAGGUCUUUGAUUCGGAUGCGACAAAUGAGGAUGUUUAUAGGAAGACGGCCUUCCCUCUUGUCCAAUACCUCUUUGAGGGUGGGAAGGCGACAUGUUUUGCAUAUGGACAGACUGGAAGUGGCAAAACGUUUACCAUGUUGGAUGACAAGCAAGGUCUUUACGUCCUCGCUGCACGCGACAUCUUUGUCAUGCUCCGCAAGCCCGAGCAUUCGCAUCUGUCAGCAUACAUCGGGUUUUAUGAGAUCUAUCAAGGACAUCUUUAUGACUUACUGAAUAGCCGCAAGAGGUUAAAUCCCCGCGAGGACGGCAAGAAUAAUAUUGUCAUUUCAGGGCUGAAGGAAUACGAGAUCAUCAAUGUUCAAGGAUUAAUGCAAGUGUUCGAAUACGGAAACAAUGCCCGCAGUACUGGUAACACAAAUGCGAACGCGGACUCCUCUCGAUCUCACGCCAUCAUGCAGAUUGUGCUGAAAGACAGGGCAAGCAAAUCGGUGGAAGGCAAACUGAGUUUUAUUGAUCUGGCAGGAAGCGAAAGGGGUGCCGAUCGUGGCGAAACAGAUGCCAAAACAAGGCAUGGAGCUGAAAUCAACAAGAGUUUACUCGCACUAAAGGAAUGCAUUCGCGCUCUUGACCAAGACAAAAAGCAUACGCCAUUCCGUCAAAGUAAGCUGACUCAGGUUCUCAAGGACUCAUUUGUCGGCAACUCUAGGACAUGCAUGGUUGCCACCAUUUCUCCGAACAACUCAAACAGCGAACAUACCCUCAACACACUGCGCUACGCUGAUCGGUAA